AUGCGGAAGAAAUGCUAUUCCCACUUCUCGAAGCCCGACUCUGCCGCAGAAGCUGCCAAAGACCUAAACGGAAUGCUGGUUGACAAGCGACUCAUGAAGGCAACCACGACUACUAUUCGCACCGUACAUGGAUCUCUCCUGGCCUCGACUAGAUUGAAGUUGUCAUGGAUGCUAGCCGUGUCCCAGAGCAGGCUCCAGCCAAUCACUUGCGGACCGUGUUGCGUACGCAAAACCACCGAAACGCUCGGGAAAGUCAGAACUAUUGACAAAAACCAGCACCAACCCCAGAAGUCAACCAAAAUCCGCGACGGCAACAGCACGAUGGGAAGAUCGGCCGGCAAACCCGGAAAGCCAAAGCGUGGACGGAAUCCUCGAGCCAAACCCAAGACCGCUGAAGAGCUCGACGCCGAAAUGACUGACUACUGCGGAGGCAACAACCCAACCGCCGUGGGACCGACCGCCGAAGCCGCAGCCAGCAACGGUGCUACUCCCAUCUCAGCACCCCGGCGCUCGAUCCGAGGCCUAGGUGCAGAAGUGGAAGAAGUGUCUGUCCCGACACAUACCACGGCAAGUGCAGUGGGGACUGGUAUCUCGAAGUUGGGAGGCUAUAAGCUAUGGCCGAUGACUCAGGAUAAAUGGGACAAUGCCAUUCCAUCGACCAAAAACAUCUACCUGAACGGCGUCUAUGCUCAGGACAUGCAGAAAUUUCCCCAGGCUUGUUUGGGUAAAGCAAAAAAUCUCUCACUCAGGGCGCGUCAUGGCUACGAUGCAGCGCUCGGCGACUGGUCGUCAAUAUCAACCUUUGUCACCGACUCCAAACUCGAAGAAAUGAAGCAGCAGAAGACAUUCGACGUUUUGAUCUUACCAACAUUGCCAUUCGUGGGCCAAAUCACACCCUGA